AUGAUCCCUACGGACCAAACCGUAGAACAUAUGCUAUAUCGGGAAUUAUCAUUCGCUGCGAAGGAUGAAUUGAUGAAGCAACCGCACACUCAUAUGCUGAUGCAGAAGCAAAUGGAUCGUCACGAUCAGUACACACCGUUCGACAAACUUGUACGAUUGACAGAAAGAAUGCGUAAACUGGAAGCGCAAGGUUGGAUCGGUUCCGGCCGACUGCGGGGUGGUGGGGAAAGUUCCCUGAACGGAGGAGCCUGGGGUUCACCGCCCGGUGUCGGCGGUGCUGCAGUUGGUGCGGCUGGAGUUUCCGGCUGGAGUGCGUCAUCCGUAGGAGGCUCGCAGCCGGGACAGCAGCAACAGUCCUGGAACAGUGGACAGGCGAGUAUGCCGCCGCCCGUUGGUCCACCGGGCAGCGGUACGAGACAGGAUCUGUUGGGCAAAUCGUCCGGUGGCAAUGGUGGAUCAGCGAUGGUUGUGGGAGGUAAUGCUAGCGGUGGACAGAGCGGUACCGGCGGUUGGAACCAAGUGGUCAAUCCGAACAAACCAGCCUCACAGGCAAUGGUUGGACAGGUUCAGCAGCAGCAACAGGUUCCCGGUUCCAAUCAGCAAAAUUCCGGCCCAGGCUCUAAUCUACCACAGGCAGGGAAUGGUAAUUCGCAAUCUGCUGCUGGAGCUGCUGGUGGCAGCGGUGGUGCUGCUGCUGCUGCUGCCAUAGCUGCGGGUAGUGGUGUUGCUGCAGGCAGCGGCAUGGCCACUACAUCCUCCGCCAAGCUCGAACAUCUUAACUCGAUGCGUGAGGCACUUUUCGCACAGGAUGGUUGGGGUUGCCAGCACGUCAAUCAAGACACACAGUGGGAUGUACCGAUCUCUCCGGAACCUGCCACCAAACCAGAUCCUUCCCUGAAGGCAACGGUCAACAAUGGAACUGAGCUGUGGGAAACAAAUCUUCGCAACGGCGGUCAACCUCCCGUGCAGGCACCGUCGCAGAAAACACCCUGGGGCCCGCAAAGCCAUCACGGUGGAACAUGGGGUGUGGACGAUGAGAGCAGCGGUGAGGCAAACAACGUAUGGACAGGAGCACCGGGUGCUCCUGGUGGCGGAGGCAGCAUUGUUGCUAACGCGCUGGCCGGUACUGCUGGACCACCGCCAGUCGGUGGUAAUCCUGGUGCGCUCGUAGGUGGACAAGUAGGAGCGGUUGGUGGUGGCGGUGGUUGGCAACAGGGUGCAACGGCUGGUCCAGCCGGAGUUGGUGGCGGUGCAGGCGGACCCGUCGGCGGUGGUAAUGGUAUGUGGCAAGCAGGCGCAGGCCUUCCCGGUACUGCUGGUAUUGCCCCACCGAAAAAGAAUGAUAACGAUUGGGGUAGCGGUGCGGGUGUCGGUAUUGGAGCGGCAGGCGGUGGCAAUGGUGGCUGGGGUGAAACGCGUGGUAAUGUCGGUGCGGGCGCGGUUGGUGGAACUGGACCGAACACGGGCGUUCCACCGCAUCUGGCUUCCCAACUGGAUGGAUUACCGAACGUGGACAUCCGAAGCAUGCGCCCACCGGGUGCCGGUGGUAUUGAUCAGAGCCGUGAAUUUCGGGGUGAUCCUCGCGGUAUUUCUGGCCGCUUGAGUGGUUCAACCUCCGGAAUGCUGGAACAUUAUCCGAUGGGAAAAAUGCCACCACCGGGCGCGAUGUCUUCGGGAGGAUCAACCGUCGGAACGGGUAACAAUCAGUGGCCGCUAGGUGGUGUCGGUGCCGGCGGAGGACCGGUUGGUGGAGGAAUUCCGUCAAGUAUGCCACCAACAAAUAAAGCAGUUACGGGCGGUUGGGAUGACAACUCACCCCCGGCCGUACGUCGCAAUCCCAACAUCGAUGAUGGUACCGCGAUGUGGGCAGCCGGAGGAGGUCCCGGUGGAGGUCGAUCAUCCGGGGUACCCGAUAGCAGUCAGAUAGUAGGCCGCAGUGCGCGCAAUGGUCCGCUGGGCGGAUUAAACGCUGGUCCCAUUGGCGGUGGUGGAGGUCCCUCGGCUGGCCCAGGUGGAAUGGGUGGCCCAGGUCAAAGAAUGGUCGGUUCUGGACCGGGUGGAAACCCGCUGAAAGCGGACAACAGCAGCAUGUGGAUAGGUGGGGGACACGGAGCAGGCGGUGCCGGAGCAUCCCGCAAUGGAUCGUGGGAUGAUCCGUCGAUCGGUGGUACAGGCGCGAACAACUGGGAUGAUAAGCCGGCCGGUGGAACUGGUGGACCGCUCGGGGGAGGUUCUUGGAUGGAUGGAGCCGCACCCGGUGCAGGAAUUCCCGGUGUGGGCAAUCAGUCGUGGAACGCGAACAAAAAACCGCUCGGCGGUGCUGGUGGAGCCGUUUGGCCGGAUGCAUCGUCUGGGGCGGAUUUGAUGGGCAACGACUGGAACGUCGGUGGUCCGGGUGUCGGUGGAGGCAAAAUGACGAGCAAACCACCCCAUGGACCGUUGGAAAUCAUUCGAAGCAGCAAGCAGUAUCGCAUUCUAUGCGAGAUGGGCUACAAGAAGGAAGAUGUUGAGUUUGCCCUACGCGCUACCAAUAUGGUGAUCGAGGAAGCUCUUGAAUUGCUGCAACGGAACGGUUCACUGCCGAAUGCAGCCGGUAUGGGUAAUGCUUCGUCGGGAGGUGAUUGGAGAAGAGAUGAUGCACAUGCCCAGCUCGGUGGAGGCGCUGGUACGGGAGGUGGCAACGUUGGUGGUGGUAGCGGUGUGUUCGAACCACCGUUCGGUAACCGUUAUUUGGGUGGUGGUGCAGGCAAUGGAGGUGGCAAUGGUGGAGGCGGCAGUGGACACUCUCUGCAUUUCCAACAGGGUAAUCAGAAUGGAAUGCCAGGAGGCGGUUCUGGGGCCUUAGGAGGAGCCGGUGGAAAUCCGAAUCUAUCCGGUUUGCACGGUCUGUCGUCUAAGUCACUGGGUAGCUAUUUGAAUCAGGCCCCACCACCCAUGGGUGGAUUGGGCGGACAGGGUAGCUCCAUGGCUCCAUUCAAUCAAGGCGGUGGAGCUGGCGGUGGAAAUAACGCCGUCGGAGGCGGUGGUGGCGGUGGGCAGAACUCGGUCCAACCGAGCACUCAACUGCGCUCGCUCGUGCAGCAGAUCCAGAUGGCCGUACAGACCGGGUAUCUUAACCCGCAGAUACUUAACCAACCGUUGGCUCCACAGACGUUCCUGCUGUUGAAUCAGCUAUUGAGUAGCAUUAAGCAAUUACAAGUGACCCAGAGUAAUUUGCAGCGUGGUGGUGCCGGUUCCAACAAUCAAAUAGCGAUGAUUUCCAAGAUCAAACAACAGAUAGCCAGCUUGCAGAAUCAAAUUGCUACACAGCAAACGUUGUAUGUAAAACAACAGCAGCAACAGCAGCAGCAACAACAACAGCAGCAGCAGCAGCAACAACAACAUCCUCACCAACAACAACAGCAUCAGCAACAUCAGCAGCAGCAGCACCAGCAACACCAGCAACAUCAUCAGCAUUCGUCCGUUGGUAAUCCAUCUGGGUCCCAUUUGGGCGGUGGUGGACAUCUUGGCGGAAACUUCCAUCGCAAUGAUCCCAACGAGCUGAGCGCACUGCAGAACAGUCUGUCGGAAAUGACACUGGGCAAAGAGCACAAUGGUCCGUACUUGUCGGGACCACCGGUCAGCGGUGGUGGUGGAGGUGCAGGCACCGGAUCUGGUGGAGCUGGUCCAACCAGCCAGCAGUCGCGCCUAAAUCAGUGGAAGCUACCGUCGAUGAUGGAUAAGGAUAAUAAUCACGAUUUAACUGAUUUUUCGCGCGCUCCUGGAUCUACGGCCAAAUCGGUUGGACUGGGUGGAAACGGUGGUGGUGGCUCCGGUGGUAUGGCGGGGCUGGGUGGAUUACAAAACGACGGCACCUGGUCAUCAGGCCGCGCUGGCAUGACGGAUGGCUGGCCGGAUAAUGCAUCCUCCGAUCUGACUAGCAAAGAUUGGCCCUCGAAUCAGGAUUCGUUCUCUGAUUUAGUGCCAGAAUUUGAACCCGGCAAACCAUGGAAGGGCACCCAGAUGAAGAUUGAGGAAGAUCCCACCAUCACACCGGGUAGUAUUGCCCGCAGUCCUAUCGCAUCGAUUUCGGUCGGUUCAACGAAGGAUUCAGAGCUGUUUGCGUCCAGCAGCAAACCGUCUCCGACGGAUUCGAUCAGUCUGUCCUCGUCGACCUGGAGCUUCAACGCGAGCAGCAAUAAUUAUUCGUCGUCGACCAGUGCUGGUGGUAUGGGUAAACUCGGCGGCCCAUCUAAGAACACAUGGUCCGAUAGUGGUGUUUCUGGGGCGUCAUCCGAUGUUUGGGGAGCCGGACUUAGCGGUGGCUCCGGAGGGCCUGGUGCCAAUAGUGCGUCCAAAACUCCGCGAGGUCCUCCUCCGGGUCUAUCUUCUGGAAAAGCAACAGGCAGUGGUGGUGGUGGUGGUGGUGGUGGCGGUCCGGGCAGUAAUGGUUGGAUCCAAAGAACGGGUCACAGCCAGGGAGGAAAUUGGUCGGGCGGUGGUGGAACAUCCGGAACCUGGUACUCUACCUGGUUGUUGCUGAAGAAUCUUACCGCACAGAUUGAUGGGUCCACCUUGCGGACACUUUGCAUGCAGCAUGGUCCGCUGCAAAACUUCCAUUUGUAUCUCAACCACGGUAUUGCACUGUGCAAAUAUUUGACCCGUGAGGAAGCGAACAAAGCACAGCUGGCGCUGAAUAAUUGCGUUCUCGGCAAUACGACCAUCUGUGCUGAAUCGCCUACAGACAGCGAGGUACAGACGAUCUUGCAACACCUAGGACUGCCGGGACAAAAUGGUGGCAACGUUGGCGGUAGCACUGCUGGUGGCGGAGGUCAAAACUCAACCACUGGUAGUGGUGGUAUUGGUAAUUCCAACAUGGCACAAACAUGGCGUUCAAAUGGGCCAAUCUCUGGACGUGUCACUGAUACUUGGGGCCCGUCGUGGUCUUCUUCCGGUGGAGGCAGUAAUCUGUGGACCCCGCUGGAUGGUCCGACUGAAAGGGGAACUCCAUCGAAUUUGCACUCAUUCCUUCCGGAGAAUUUACUCGUUGGCGAGCUUAACUGA